CUUGGACUCCUAAACCCUCCAAUCAACGUCCAAUCCUCACUGCUCUCCAUAUAUUCCACAAAAACCUCAAACCUUUUUGCUUCCGCUGUCUUCUUUAAUCUCAACGUUCCAUUCACGUCUCUCUCUCUCUCUCUCCCCAGACAAGUUAAUCUUCUUCAGUUAAUGCCCGGAAGAACAUUGGUAUAAGUACCAUUCAUUUAUUGACGAAGAAGAAGAAGAAGAAGAAAGAGAGAGCAAAUCCAAGAACAUCAUGGGUGUCUUUGCUUCUUUCCUUGUGCUGUCUCUUCUCUCUUUCUCGGCUUCUUUCUCAUGUGGAGAAAUGCAACCCAAGAUCGGAGUCUGCUACGGCGAGCUGGGCAACAAUCUCCCCACCCCAUCAGCAUCCAUUCAACUCAUCCAAAAACUCAACGGCAAACGGAUCAAAAUCUACGGGACCAACCCCAAAAUCCUCAAAUCAAUACAAGGCACCGACCUCCAAAUAUCAAUCAUGGUCCCGAACAACCUCAUUCCCGACAUCUCCACCAACCAAACACUCGCCGACCAAUGGGUCCAAACCAAUGUUGUCCCCUUCUACCCGGAGUCCAAGAUCCGUUACCUCCUCGUCGGCAACGAAAUCCUCAGCAACCCACCCAACACAACCUGGUUCAAACUCGUACCCGCCAUGCGCAAAAUCCGAAGCUCUGUCAAAAAAUACGGUCUCCACAAGAUCAAGGUCGGAACCCCGUUGGCGAUGGACGCUUUGGAGUCUUCUUUCCCACCGUCUAAUGGAACUUUCCGGUCCGACGUUCGGGAAAAAGUCAUUAGACCGAUGCUCCAUUUCUUGAACCGGACCAAAUCCUUCUUCUUCGUCGAUGUCUACACUUACUUCGCUUGGGUUUCUCAACCUCUCCAAAUCAACCUCGACUAUGCUCUGCUUCAGCCCACGAACAUAACCUAUACGGAUCCCGUUUCGGGUCUGACCUACACCAAUCUGUUGGACCAAAUGCUGGAUGCUCUUGUUUUCGCCAUGAAGCGACUCGGGUACCCGGACAUUCGCCUCUUCCUCGCCGAAACGGGUUGGCCCAGCGGCGGAGACCCGGACCAGCUCGGAGCUAAUAUUUACAACGCCGCCACUUACAACCGCAAUGUGGUCAAGAAGUUCAUGGCGAAGCCACCAAUCGGGACACCAGCCAGACCCGGGGCAGUCAUCCCGACCAUGAUCUUCGCACUGUACAACGAAAACCAGAAGCCAGGUCCGGGUACUGAACGAAACUUCGGGCUGCUGUACCCUAACGGGUCGCACGUGUACCCGAUUGAUCUAUCGGGCAAGACCCAGGUUUCAGAUUACCCGCCUCUGGCGAAGCCUGCGAAUAACGGGAAGUUAUGGUGCGUGGUGGCGGAGGGUGCAAACAAGACGGCGUUGACGGGGGCAUUGUCGUACGCGUGCAGUCAGGGUAAUCGGACCUGCGACCCGAUCCAACCAGGAGGGAAGUGUUACAAGCCCAAUUCGUUGAUCAAGCAUGCUAGUUAUGCUUUUAGUUCAUAUUGGGCCCAGAUGAGGGCAGCCGGGGCGACUUGUUCCUUCAGCGGGUUAGCGGUUAUGAUCUCCAAAGAUCCGAGUUAUGGGGCAUGCAAAUAUCCGAGUGUUAACCUCUGAGCAUGCAAGGUGGCAUUAGCUUAUUGGUUGGAUUGACAUGAUUUCACCAAUUUUUAUUUAUUUAUUUUCUUGGAAAUGGAUUAGGGUUUAUGAUUUUUUACAGAGCUGAGAAGGCUGUGUUGGGCUGGGGAGUGUAUUAACAGAGGCCUCAUUGGCCCAUCAACACUAGAUGGCCCAUUUUGAAUCGCUUUGAAUAUCGGUUUUUUUGUCUAAAGAAUUUUAUGAUUUGUGGAAGUAGGAGAGUAUAAGAUAUGAUAUUCUCCUAAUAAUCUGUUUAAAUUCUUGAGGUACGAAAUAUAUUUCACAUACA